AUGCGUGACGCCGAGGAGAUCGCCUGCAGCCGGCGCAUGAACAGCCUGACGCUGAACCGGCACACGGAGAUCCUGGAGAUCCUGGAGAUCCCGCAGCUCAUGGACACCUGCGUCCGCAAUGGCUAUUACGAGGAGGCGCUGGAGCUCGCUGCUUACGUGCGCCGGCUGGAGAGGAAGCACAGCAGCAUCCCCGUGAUCCAGGGUAUUGUGGAUGAGGUGCGCCAGUCCGCCCAGCUGAUGCUGAACCAGCUCAUCCAGCAGCUCCGCACCAACAUCCAGCUGCCAGCCUGCCUGCGGGUCAUCGGCUACCUGCGGCGCAUGGACGUCUUCACGGAGGCCGAGCUGCGCAUCAAGUUCCUGCAAGCGCGGGACGCCUGGCUGCGCUCCAUCCAGGCCUCCAUCCCCGAUGACGACCCCUACUUCCACAUCACCAAGACCAUCGAGGCCUGCCGCGUCCACCUCUUCGACAUCGUCACCCAGUAUCGCGCCAUCUUCUCCGACGAGGAGCCGCUCCUGCCCCCCGAGGGGCAGGCCCUCAACGAGGGGGCCAUCUUCCACGGCUGGGUGCUGCAGAAGGUCUCUGAGUUCCUGCAGACGCUGGAGCGCGAUCUCCAGCGCGGCGUGGGCGGCCGCCUGGACUCGCUGCUGGGGCAGUGCAUGUACUUCGGCCUCUCCUUCAGCAGGGUGGGGGCUGAUUUCCGUGGGCAGCUGGCCCCCCUCUUCCAGCGCGUGGCCGCCGCCGCUUUCAGGAAGGCAGUGGAGGAGGCGGUGGAGAAGUUUCGGGAGGAGAUGAAUUCCUACACGCUCAUCUCCACCCCGGCCGUCCUGGGGGGCAGUGCGGGGGUGCCGGUGCCUGCGGCACAGCCGGGGACGCUGCAGCCACCCAUGGUGCUGCUGGACUUCCCGCCCCUUGCCUGCUUCCUCAACGGCCUCCUGGUCGCCUUCAACGACCUGCGGCUCUGCUGCCCCGUUGCCCUGGCCCAGGACGUCACUGCCUGCCUGGAGGAGGCGCUCGGCGAGGUGAGGCACCCCGGGGACGAAGCUGUGCCUUGUGUGGACGAGCACGGGGAACCGGUGAGCUGGGAGGCGACGGGCUGGGCCGCCCGCAUCGUCCAGCACGAGAUGGAUCACCUGGACGGGAUCCUCUACAUCGACCGCAUGGACACCCGCACCUUCACCAACGUUGGCUGGAUGGAGCUCCUGGACUGA